GAUUCGUACAGUAUUAUAUUCAUGGUAGUCGCCAUAUUGAGGUAUGCAGCGUGAAAUUAUACCAAAUUGAUGGAGUUUUUGGUGUUGCUAGCAGGCUAGCUCGACUGACAAUAUGUAUGAUGUGGCGAUUAUAUGUUGCAGCUAUUCCACUUCUGUGGUUUUAUCUGGUUUCCAUCACUUACGGUAACACAAAUGAUACUGUUGUGUCUCCCAGGCAGAAAGCUGGUCAAUCUGUCCCGGGCAACCCUCUGCAGACAACAACAAUAUCAACAACUCAAGAUGGCAGCAACACUAACAACAGCACAGAUGCUUCACCAUCAGCCAUAUCAACAACAUUGUAUGCCACUGACAUGGCAUCAGAAUCGGACUCCUCUGCCGAAACCCCGCCACAAGUUGCGAAAGAUGCAAGAAGAACUUUGUCGCCAUCACUGUCAGCGACAUCACAGACAUUACGCUCCACAUCGUCAAGAAGUACAAUAUUAAGUGAAAGCAUUAUUAGAAGUUUAACCACGAAUGCAAAUGGCAAUCAGACAUUACCAACAUCAGAGGUUGGCAACAGAGGGAGUAGUACUAGUGUAAAAGAUUAUUUAUUAACUCAUGGAGCUACGACAAGUGUUCCGGAAGAAGAGGUUAAACCACCCGAGGAGAUGCAACAACCUGUUACUGGAUCACGACCGAUGAUUGAGAAGAGUGGGCUGAGGAACAAGACGGUGGAACUUGGUGAUGAUGUGAGACUCAGGUGCCAUGUUGAUCCUGGAAGCGCUCUUCAAUCGGAAAUCUGGUGGAAGUUCAACGGGAUACCCAUAGGAGAUAGUGCCUUCUUCUCCAUCAAAUCAAAGGCCAGAUCGAGCUCCCUCAAAAUCAAUGGAGCCAGCUUAGAGCAUGCAGGCGUUUACACGUGUGUGGUGGAGAAUCAGUUUGGCAAAACAGCAUCUCCUCCUGUCCACUUGGUUGUUCUGAUGGCACCUACCAUAGUGAAGGGUCCUGGAAACCAUAGUGUAGGGUAUGGCCAGCUGCUGAACCUGAGCUGUACGGUCGAAGCCUCCCCACCUCCUAGGGUAGCUUGGUUCAAGAACACAGAACCCCUUCCGCAAUGGACUGGUAAGGAAAUGAUCGUAAUCAACGUAACCCAGUCCGCAACAUACUCCUGUUUUUACCGGAAUGUUAUCAAGAACGAGGAUAAGUUUGCAGCAAAAUAUGGAGUGGUGACGGUCACAGGAGUUCGCCCAAGCUAUUGUGCUGCGUACAACGGUGCUACCUGUCACAACCAGCUACCUUCCAGUCCGUACUACAUCUUUGUGAACGGUCACGGGGACGAGCCUCUCGCCCUUGACAACAAGCUGUCUGAGAUCCUGUCGAGUAAGACCAUGACGAGUAUGCCAGAAGACUGUCAGGCUGGAAUCAGGGAGCUGCUGUGCCACGCGACGCAUCCCAAGUGUCAAGUGGUAGGCCAGAAGCCAAGGGGACAAAAAAUCUGCAAGGAGGAUUGUGAGAUUGUUCAGAGCAUGUGUCCAGAGUGGGCCCAGCUGGUUAACCGAUUCCUUGACCCUCUUCCUGAUAAGAUACGCAGUCUUGGCCUGAGUUCAUGUGAGAACCUACCGGAGAACGAUUGCACAUCGUUAUGGCCUCUCAAUGACACAAGCCUACCUACAACAGCUUCCCCGAUAGUUUUUACAUCACCAACUACAAGAAGCCCUCCUACAUCUGCUCCACCGAAACGCACACCAAGUGGUUUUGGAGUUGGAGGAAAGCCCGUAGAUGAAUCUGAGCAGGAACCCUACCUCUUCCUCAUCCUCGUCAUCACAAUCCCCAGUUCCAUCGUCGUGUUGAUAGGAGUCAGCGCAAUAGCCUACGGUGUGCGACACUACAGGAAUUCCAAGUUUCCACUGCCCAAGAACAUUGAUCUUAAGGAUCUGACGGAGAACCUGAUGUACGGCAAGAAUUUCAACACCAGCUUCAAUCCUCAGUUGGCAUACCUAGAGUACAACAGGAAUAACGUCAUCUAUGAGAAGGACAUUGGGGAGGGUGCCUUUGGGAGGGUUUUCAUGGCCAGCGCUCCAAAGUUGGUGGCGGGAGAAGCAGAGACUAGUGUGGCUGUCAAGAUGCUGAAGGCGACCGCUGAUAAGGUCGUGACGGAAUAUUUCAAUCGCGAGGCGCAGAUGAUCGCAAGGUUUUCCCACCAGAAUAUCGUCAAACUAUUAGGUGUGUGCUUUGUAGGGAGGCCGUUGUGUCUCCUGCUGGAGUACAUGUCAGAAGGAGACUUGGAGGACUACCUCCACUCCCGGAGCCCUCAUCGCUCCAAUUCUAGAACUUCAAACAGCCCAGGCAGCGGGCUGAAGACGUAUGAAAAACUCAACAUGGCAAAGCAGAUUGCCUGUGGCAUGGCUUACCUGAAUGAAAUGAUGUUCGUGCACAGAGAUAUUGCCACAAGGAACUGUCUAAUCAACAGCAGAACUGACGUUAAGAUAUCAGACUUUGGGCUGGCCAGAUAUGUUGGUCACAAAGAAUGUUUUGUGGGUCACAAAGAGGAACAUAUCCCAAUCAGAUGGACUGCACCAGAAGCAUUAUGGGAUUACCAGUUUACGUACGCAUCCGACGUGUGGUCGUUUGGCGUGCUCCUCUGGGAGUUGUUCAGCUACGCGGAGCAGCCGUACCUGAAUCUGUCGCACGAAGACGUCUUCCUGCACACGCGGCAAGGCUACAGGUUGAGUAGCCUUGAGAACACCCCACAGAAGGUCCACCAGAUCAUGGGUGAAUGCUGGCAGGCCAACCCUGCAGACAGACCCUUCUUUAAACAACUCCAAGACUCCCUUGCCAGCAUGGAAUGUGAAUGGCUAGCCAAUGGGGAAGAGACACAGUCUGAAUGAAAUCUUUGUCCUCUUCUCAAAAACUUUUACAACUUUAGGAUGGCAUGAAGCAAGAUAAAUAUUAAGGUUCAAUCCUUUUUUAGUAUCAUAAAUGUAUGUGCAUCCAAAUCUUGAUGGAAUUAUUUCUAUUACUUGACCAUUACACCUGUUUUACAUAAUCUUUGGGUAUGUAUCUUGGCUCCCUCAUGAAUCUUUCCUUUUUGAAUCCUGAAGUACUGAAGCUCUGUUCAUUGGUACUUCCAAGUGUGCAGCAUUUAUGACCCCCUUAUCCUUAUUAUUACUCCAGUCACAUCUGCAGCACACCAGCACCAGACUGAUAAACAAAAGGCAAUAUUGGCUGGUUUCAAGUUGUUUUAGCAAAGUGACCGAGGCGCAUGUGGAAUUGUUACAAAUUUGCAUCAGAUCAAGAAUGCAGAGAAUAAAGUCAAAUUUUAAAUUGAAAUAGAUUGAAAUCUCUGUUAAAAGCUAUUCACGUCUGUAACACUGAAUAUUAAAUGACAAACGAAUUUGCAGCAGUAAUACAGUAAAUCUACAGCAUAAAUUGUGUUUUCUUCUCAGAUGAAUCAUGAAUGAAGAAUCAAUACCAAAGUUGAAAGAAUUUCUGGUAAAUUUUGGUUACAAAUGUGAACUUCAAGAGGAAUCAAUCAUCUGGUAUGUGACAGCUUCAAAGAUUCAUGAAUUUUAAUACAGAAACCGCUGAAGUAACGACAAAGCACUAUACAUUGUGUUAGUAGGAUGUUCAGUUAAUAUGGAAAGUACUUUAUCAUAUCAAGCCACACAACUUUGUUUCAUUUAUGUUCAGAAUUUUUCAUGCUGCAUUCUUUUAUCAAUUAAUGUCUUUCACUGCUUAAAGGUAAUACAAAGUUUUGGUAUGGGGUCAUGAAUUUGGUUCAAAUGAACAUAUUGGAAGCAUAUGCGA